GAAACACAUGACUAGCAAGGGAACUUUCCAUUUUUCCUGAUCUCAGACUUGGGGAUUGUGCUCCAUCAGACUUUGUGACUGGCCUCACAAAGGUUUGGACAACACUUCCCUUAUCUUCUGAUGGACUUCAUGAAGAUGAGGCUGGUUUGUGCUUUCAUGCUGAUGAUGGGCACUCUUUGCUUCUACUUCAGCAUGGAGCCUUUUGAGGAACUGCCAUUAGUUCUCAAGAAAGGUCACAAGAAUUUCCUCCAGCUUCCAGAUAUAGACUGUAAGCAGAAGCCACCUUUCCUUGUGCUGCUGGUAACUUCAUCCCACAAGCAGCUGGUGGCUCGCAUGGCCAUCCGCAAGACAUGGGGUAGAGAAACAGAGGUGCAGGGAAGGCAUGUGAAGACCCUCUUCCUUCUGGGGGCCUCAGAUAGCCCUGAUGAGAUGAAUGCCACAGCUCAGGAGGGCAAGCAGCACCAUGACAUCAUACAGAAGGAUUUCAAGGACGUCUAUUACAACUUGACCCUGAAGACAAUGAUGGGCAUGGAAUGGGUCCACCACUAUUGUCCUCAGGCAGCUUUUGUGAUGAAGACAGACUCAGAUGUGUUUGUGAAUGUUGGCUAUCUGACUGAACUGCUGCUGAAGAAAAACAAAACCUCCAGGUUCUUCACAGGCUACAUAAAGUCCAAUGAACUUCCCAUCAGACAAAAGUCCAGCAAGUGGUUUGUGAGUAAAUUUGAAUAUCCCUGGGACAGGUACCCACCUUUUUGUUUUGGAACAGGUUAUGUCUUUUCUAGUGAUGUGGCCAGACAAGUAUACGAUGUCUCAGAUAGAGUUCCAUUCCUGAAGCUGGAGGAUGUGUUUGUUGGGCUCUGCUUGGCCAUACUAAAGAUCCAGCCUGAGGAACUCCACACCGAACAGACCUUUUUCCCGGGUGGCUUAAGCUUCUCUGUGUGUCACUUUCAGAAAAUUGUGACCUGCCACUACGUGACGCCCCAGGACUUACUCACUUACUGGCAGGCACUAGAGAACUCUCAGGAACAGGAUUGUUCUUCUGUCUGAGGGGAACCUCUGGUGCAAACUUCCAAUAACCUUUGGUGAUACUUUGGGAAUGUCUGAGAUGGCCUUGCUGGGAACUGUCAUGGGAACAGAGAGAAGAAGGAGUAAGGCAAAGAGUGCCCUGCAUAUACUAGAGUGGA